CAGUGUCAUUCGGGCAGUCGCACCGCCACUGUGCACUGCUUACAGUUAGCUCAUUUGAUAGCCAAUCAAAUAACAAUUAAUUAUCAUUCGGUUAUUUGUUCUAACAUUAGGCAGUAUCGGUUGUCGUUGCCAUAUGAAGAGGAUAAAAUGGAUAACACAGCCAAAGCGAUCUUAAUACUGACGCUCCUGGUCGCUACAGGCCCACCAGUGAACAGCGACUGCAACAUCCAUGAGAUCGGCAACGACGCUCCCUGCGGCGGCCGCCUCGUCUGCACCCGCGACCUCAGUGAUGCCGUCAGCCUCAUAGUCCAAAUGCCCUGCUUGUACUUAUACAACGAUUACUCAGAAGAACAUAUAUUACAUCAGAACUUCAGUGUCUCUGUAGAGGCAGUAGAUUUCGACUACACCACCAAUGACUCUUCAGUUAUAAACGAGCUAAAGGACCAUAUUAACGCCAUCUCGAUAACGAACGGAAGAAUCAAGAAGUUUCCAGAAACUGUUUUAAAUCUGCGACAAGCGACGAUAGUUGAUCUCUCCAGCAACAAUAUUGACUCUCUAAAUCUAGCGGCAUUCGCAAGACCGAGCAUGAUAAACGUGCUUAAUGUGUCCUAUAAUAAUAUAGAACGUUUAGACGCCCAGAUAGGUUGGCCUAGCUACUGGCAGUUACCGGUAACUACUAUCGAUUUUAGCCAUAAUAACAUCCAAGGUGUGCUACAGAACGACAUCGCACCAUAUGUAACAUUAAGACAUUUGAAUUUAUCUUACAAUUACAUAGAAUCGUUCAAUCAAGACACGUUCAGUAAUCUGACAGGAUUGCUAACGUUAGACAUUUCGAACAACAAGAUUUUCAAGCUUGACUCUUCUUUAGCUGGUCUAGUAAGCUUACAAGAAUUAUAUUUAGAUCACAACGAUCUAACACAUCUAAAUAAGGAUAACUUUCAUAGCCUGUUCGCAUUAAAAUAUCUUAAUAUCAGCUCCAAUAGUUUAAAAAGUAUUGAUAGCUCUUCUUUCAACUCUUUAAGUUCUUUAACGCAACUGGACUUAAGUAACAACAAUAUUGAGGCUAUUUUAAAAUCAACCUUUCAGAAUAACAGUCUUCUUUAUUCACUCGAUGUGUCAUUUAAUAAAAUUUCGAACAUAGAGUCGGGAGCAUUUGCGGGCGCCCAUAUCACAGAUCUAAAACUUCACAACAACACUUUAGCAGGCUAUCUCGACACUGACGCAUUUAAUGGUCUAUACUUUGAAAAGUUGGACCUCAGUGACGCGGACAUAGGAGAGCUGGGGCCGGAUCUAUUCGGACCUCAUCCUUCUUUCCGAUCGCUAAAUUUCAGUAAAAAUUUCAUCUCCAAAAUAAGUAAAACUACAUUUAGAAACCUCGACUAUUUAGAAGAACUAGACCUAUCGUUUAACAAGCUACGAAGCAUAGAUUUUGACACAACAGGUCUGAAGAACUUAAGUCAUUUUUAUAUCAAUAAUAACGCCAUAAAGCAAAUCCGAAGGGAUUCUUUCCAACCUCUCACUUCGCUGCAAGUUAUUGAUCUAUCUAAUAACGCCAUCGAAAAUAUACAAACUCUAUCGUUUACCAAUUCAAAAAUUCUGCUAAAAUUAAAUUUAAAAAAUAACCCUAUCACUGACAUCCCUCAACGAACGCUGAAUGGAUUGUCCUCAUGUUACGAUUUAGACCUCUCGGGAUCUAAAAUCAAAACCCUUCAGAAUGACUCAUUCUACGGAAUGAGAUCAUUAAAUAAACUCAAUUUGUCACACAGUGAUAUACAACUAUUAGAUUUUAACGUUUUCAAUGGCACAGGGGCAAUAGAGUUUUUAGAUUUAUCGUUCAACCGGAUUGAAUCAUUUUCCAUAAAUAGUACAAAUGUAAAACUACAACGGAUACAGCUAACUUCCAAUGUUAUCACGUCCAUAAACAAAAUGUCUUUCCAAAAGCAGCGUAGUGUUACCUCAAUUGAUAUCAGUUAUAAUAAAAUAUCAUACAUUCAGCCAGGAUCCUUUAUUGACUGUGAAUUUCUUUUUAGUUUAAAUUUAAACAAUAAUUAUUUGUCAUUCCUUCAAUUUGGCGUAUUUGAAGGUAUGGAAAGUGUAAGUAGAAUUAACUUAUCAAAUAACAGAUUUCACAGAUUUGAUGGUAAAUUAUUUUACGGUUUAUCAAAUUUGCAAGUCGUUUACCUUGACAACAAUUUCAUAGACAAAAUUAAUCUCACUGAAUUCACAUUAUCUAGAAGUACCAUAACCACUUUAUCUAUAGGAGGUAACCCGCUAAUAUGUGAUAUGUUGGUGAAAUUUAUUCAUGAAGGGCUCUCCUUGAGAGCGGAAUCCCCAAAUUUUGACACAGAAAAUGUAAAUGGAAUAACAUGUAAAAGUGAGACUGAGAUAAACAAUAACACUCAAGAUAAUGACAAUAAAAUGUUGCUUUCGGGAAAUAACAAUCUAGAAAAACUUGUCAAUGUCACAAACAAGUAUUUGGCGGCCAACUUCGGGACCCUUCUUUGCGCAAUGCUCGCAGUGUUAUGUUUUUUUGUUUAUUUUAAAUUUAGAAAUAAGUUGACACGCAGUCGCGUAGUUUCAUCUAGUAGAGAAGUGUUGUCGAAUGCUAUGGAAUUAGAGAGUAAUCAGGAUUAAUAAUUAGGUAUACAUAUUGUAUAUCUUGUGAUGAUCAAUAUAAACCUAAUUUCCGUUAUGUAGUAGGUAAUGAGAAUGAAAUUAGCAACAAAACAAAGGCAGAUACGAUAAGAAACAUUAGUCAUUCCGACAUAUGAUGACAUUGGCUGUAAAUAUGCCCAACGAUUUUUAUGAACUACCCACUCGCUCUAGACUGAUUGUGAGUC